AUGAUCGCUUCAAGUAACAGCACAAAUGACAACGCUUGCCAUGCUACGCCACGCACCCUCCUUGGUAAAGUAGCGCUUGUCACUGGAGGUGGGCGCGGUAUUGGCGCCGGUAUUGCCCUUGAACUCGCUAAACGAGGGGCAUACGUAGCCAUCAACUAUUCGUCCAGCGCCAGCUCUGCCAACCAAAUUAUCCAGUCUAUCGAGGCUGAGGGCUCUCGCGGUGCCGCUUUUAAAGCCGACGUUACAAAAAUCGAGGAGAUCGAGAGUUUGUUCAACAGUGUGCACCGAUACUUUGGCCGCAUCGAUAUUGUUGUUUCCAACGCGGGAGUCGAGAAAUUCAAGCCAUUGAGUGAAACAGCCUUAGAAGAUUUCAACGAGGUUUUCAACAUCAACACUCGCGGCCAGUUUUUCGUCGCCAAAACUGCCCACAAGCACAUCGAGCAGGGUGGUCGAGUGAUUCUGAUGUCUUCCAUUGCCGCCGGUGUCAGUGUCCCAGGCCAUGCUCUGUAUGCCGGUAGCAAAUCGGCCAUUGAAGGCUUCACGCGCUGUUUCGCUGCCGAUUUCGGCGAGAAGCGCUGCACAGUAAACGCUAUAGCGCCCGCUGGCAUCAAGAGUGAUAUGUGGCUGGCAAAUGCUUGGCGAUACGCCGCAGGCUGUGACAAAACUUCUUCCUUAGAGGAGAUCGAAACUGCUUUGGCAAACGGUAGUCCACUCAAGAGGUGUGGUGUUCCAGCCGAUAUUGGUCGGGUCGUUUGCUUCCUUGCCAGUCCAGACGGUGAAUGGAUCAAUGGACAAACUAUUCCUGUCAACGGAGGUGCCAAUAUCUAA